AUGUUUUUUCGAGCGUUUUUGUACCUUACUUGGUUAUUAGCUACCGCAAUUAGUACUCAUUUCGAUGGUCCAUCUAUUACCCAAGUCACGGCCCCAGUGGAUCAUGCAGAAGGUCCCCAUUGGGACGGUAGACACAACAUCCUCUACUACGUCGACAUACACUCUGGGGGAGUGCUGGCCUACCACUACAACACGAACACCCUGUCCAGGAUGCAUCUGAACGGUGACGUCACUCCCGUCAUCCCGUCCAGGAAGGACCCCCACUUGCUGUUGGUCGGACUCAACAGGUCAGUGGUUGCUGUAGAAUGGGAUGCCAAGCAGAAAGUAGGCAGUCAGGCUGUGUUGACGACUGUUAGUGAGCAAUUUCCCCUAAGCAGAUUCAAUGACGGUAAAGCUGACAAACGAGGAAGACUAUGGUGGGGAACGAUGGGAGUGGAAACAAACCUCGUAGUGCCACCAGGACAAGGUUUCUUCUACGAAAUAACAAGAGAACAUAUCGAGAAUCCAAUCAUUAUCAGGAAAGAUGUUUCGAUUAGCAACGGUUUGGCUUGGAAUAAGGCCAAUAAUAAACUGUAUUAUAUCGACACACCUACAUUGAAAGUAGUAGAGUUUGAUUACGAUGACGAAAAAGGAACAAUUUCCUCAGAAAAUAGAACAGUGUUUGAUGUUAAUGAGCAUCCCAGCAUCGCAGGAGCUCCCGAUGGCAUGACAAUUGACGAAGAUGACAACCUGUAUAUUUGCUUGUAUGGAGGAGGAGCAGUCAUCAAAGUCAAUUCAUCUACCGGGAAACUUUUACAGGUGAUCGCUUUGCCAGCUCGUGACGUCACAUCGGCGGCUUUCGGAGGGCCGAAACUGGACAUCCUCUUCGUGACCACUUCCAGAGUGUCCUUGACUCCCAAAGAACGUCUCCAGCUCCCAGCAGCCGGGAGCGUAUUUGCCAUAGAACGCCUGGGAGCUAGAGGUCUGCCGGCUUUUACGGCCGAUAUAGUGGAUUCCGUUCCCAAAAAGCCAGUGAAUCUGUUGGAAAAUAUAUUCGGCCCAGAGAUUUUCACUCCAGGUAAUGGCAACAAGAACGUUGUCACGAGAAAUACGUCAGAACCAGGUGGAUCUAAAUGA